CUCCUGUCACGCUCCACGCUAAGCUGGUUGCAGUCGUGCUGCUACUCACACCUUCUUACUGCAAACGCCAUGGUCCCGCGAUAGUGUGGCAGAAGACGCUGUUAGUGUCCGGCUGGUGGUGACAGUCAACAGUACGGUGGUCGCUGGACGUCGUUUUCCUUCGGGACCUUAUCGCGAAGGCGCCGCGAACGGACUAUUUUUUUCCUUUCGUCCGCGUAGUCAGCCCGGUUAGGUCGUGAGGUGGCCAAGAUGGCGGCAGCGCGCAAGGUCCAGACUUUUUAAAGGGCACUCCAUGUUGACACAGCAGAGCCUUCGAAUACACUGUGACAAAGCCUGUAGUCCUGCCCCCUGCCCAGCACUGCCAUGGCCAAGGACCAGCCAAACGUGUUCGACCUCCUCCCCCUUUUGGAGUCCACAGAUUUACAUGAACUGGAACAGGUCAGAAGUCUCUUACAGGAGAGCCUCAGCACAGAUAAAGGAUCUGUGCUUGUCAAUGACCUUGUGGAUUAUUAUUUGGACACCAACUCUCCUCAGGCUGCAGACAUCCUGUCUUCUGUGAGGGAGCCUCACGAUAAGCACCUUUUAGACAAGAUGAACGAGUGUAUGGCCAAGCAGAGCUUCAGACUACCAACCCUCACCCUCCUUGGCCAUGUCAUUCGUAAGCAGCCGUCGUGGAUCCACAAGAUACCUCGCUUCCCGCUGCUCGCUUCACUGCUCAAAUGCCUCAAGACUGAAUCGGAUAUUGCAGUUCUCAUAACUGGAGUGCUGGUGUUGAUAAUCCUGCUACCCAUGAUACCACAGACCAGCAAACAACUCCUGUUUGAGUUUUUCGACAUCUUUGGAAGACUGGCAGCUUGGAAUCAGAGAAAUCCUGGCCAUGCUCAUGGAGUUUAUGCAGUUCACCUUCAUGCCAGUGUGUACUCACUUUUCCACCGCCUUUAUGGCAUGUACCCCUGCAACUUUGUGUCCUACCUGAGGGCCCACUAUAGUAUGAAGGAAAAUGUGGACACCUUUGAAGAGGUGGUCAAGCCAAUGCUGGAGCAUGUGCGGAUACAUCCAGAGCUUGUCACUGGAACCAAAGACUAUGAGCUGGACCCAAACAGGUGGAAGAGAUUCGAAACUCACGAUAUUGUGAUUGAAUGUGCCAAAGUUUCCCUGGACCCGAAGGAGGCGUCUUGUGAGGAAGGCUACUCAUCCCUGCCUGACCAUGUGCCACGGCGCCCUGUUGAUUGCAGCAGGUCCUUGUCGGACCUCAGCAACCAUGGAAAUUCUUUCACCUCGAUGGUCACAGAGCGCCAGUCCCUCUCUCUUUCAUUACCCCAUCUCACAGUUACCCAGCAUGCAUACCUUAGCCCACAGACCCCCAGUGGACAGGGUCUUGAGGUGAUGUCCUCAGGGAUGAAGGAGAUUUUAUGGAGCCCUUCCUCUGUCUGUGGGAUGAGUACCCCUCCUAGCUCUAGGGGAAUGUCCCCCACCACUGUCUCUGAUCUCUCACACAGUGCCUCGCACCUCUCGGGACGGGUCCCCAGCACACCAGUGGAUGGAAAAUGGACUCCAUCUGCCUCCACGCCCUCAGGGUCCUCUCCUCUCCCUUCACUCUCUGAAGAGCUUGAGCACACUGUCCAAAACACCAGCACUACUCUUCCUCCUGCAAAGGCAAAUGAGGAGCUUAUCAAAGAGCUAAAAAAAGGCACGCCCACAAAUAUCAGCAGCAAAGGGGAUGCAGGAGAUGGUUUGAGUCCCAUUACGUUGAUGGAGCUUUCUGACUUUGUGAAGCGAACAGAGGGAGACAGAGAGGAAGAUGCCAUCACAGAGGCAGAGUUGCAGACACUAACCCAUGGUCGUGUGGACCCACUGCCUGCACCAGGACUGGACUCCUCCUUUUCCAACGCUACUGAUGCUCCACUCCCCUUGAACUCCACUCAUGACACCCUGUCCUGUAAUCUGGCCUCCACACCGGAUAGAACCCCAAGUACUGCUAAAGGCAUGGGGCAGCAUCCCCCCAUGUCCUCCUGGCCCUCUUUCACACCUAUAGAGAACUCCUUCAGCCCCUGCGCUGCUGAGGACACCUCAGUGGAGCUGUCCAAGGGAUUGUGUCCCUACGAGCCGCUGUUUGACCUGGCCUUACCCAGACUGGCCUCUCUGUUUGUGGAGAAGAGGACAGCAGAGGCUCAGCGGAAUGCUGGAGGACAGCAGGAACAGAGAGAAGAGCUGGAAGGAGAGGAUCUGUCUGCCACGUCUCCUCUUGAGGUGCUAGAUCGUCUUAUCCAGCAAGGCCAUGACCUCCACGAGAAAGUGUUGAGAUCUCCUUCUCUGUCAAGCCAGUCAUCUGAGCCACAUUCAGGAGGUAAACAUCAUAGCGCUAAAGGAAAAGGUAUAAGCCCAGGAGCUCCAGAUGAAUUAGCAUUGCUGCGCAGUCAACUGCUGCUAAUGCAUAACCAACUGCUUUAUGAGAGGCACAAAAGAGAGCAGCAUGCACUGCGCAAUCGCCGCCUCCUCCGCCGUGUUAUCAACGCCACUGCAUUGGAGGAGCAGAACAGCUCUAUGAAGGCCCAGCUGCGGCUGCAGGAUGUGGAGAUCCAGACUCUGCGGGUAAGUCUGCAGGAAGAACGGCAGCGCUCAAAGCAACUUCAGCGGGAUAGUGAGGCGCUUGUGAAGCAGCUCCACAGCCAGGUCCAGCAGCUCCAGCAGGAGAGAAACGGCUACCAUACCAAGACUCAGGAACUGCAGAGUGAUUUGCAGGACAGACAGAAAAGAAUGGGUGAGAUGGAGGCGGAGCUGCAGAGAGCCAAUAACAAACUGGGCAAUACAGGACACCUGCUCAGCCAGCUGUCUAUUAAGCUCAACAACAGUGAAAGUAUGGAGCAGCAGAUGGCCUUCUUGAACAAACAGCUGCUGCUGCUAGGGGAAGCCAACAAACUGUGUGUGGAGGAAAUCCAGCGUUUAGGACCUGAAGCAGAUAAGGAGCUGAAGAUGCUGCGGGCGUGUUCUGCACGAGAGGUUGAGAGGUUGAGACAGAGCUCCAUGCAGCAGAGCCAGAGGCUGGAGGCAGCUCAGCAACGAAUCACAGACCUGGAGGCCCAACUCACCAAGAAAGAACACCUCAUUCUGGAGCAGAAGAAACUUCUGGAAAAUGUCAAAGCCCAGGCCAAGGGGCAGCUGCAAGCUUCAGAGAACAGGUAUUUGGCCCAAAAGCAUGUGACUCAGGCACUGCAAUCUGAACUGCUUCAGCUCUACAGCCAGCUAGAGAUCAACAGUCUUUCCAACAGUGCACCAGCAGGGGGUGCUGCUGAACCCAGCAGCCCUCCAAACAAGAGCCCAAAUGGCAAUAAUGCAGGGUCUUUCACACCAGCCCAAAUCUCUGAGCCAAGCAAGAGAGAAGAGAAUUCAUACAUGUGUAUCAAUGGUGACUUCUCUCCUGGAUCUCCACCAUCCCCUGCACUGAUCAACGGCAGUCAGGAAGAAGACCUGUCUGUCCUGUCCUGCAACUCCCCACUGGAUGUAGGCUCCUGUCCAAGUGCCCAGAGCUUCCUGGGAAUUCACAACCAAGAGCUGUUGAAUAAGAGGAAGAGCAGGCAUGAGGAGGAACCAGCACCCCUCACCAGCCUGUCCCACGAUCUGCAGGAACACAACUCAGAACAUGCAGAAAAACCCCGACCUUGCCUGAGCAAUGAGGGCAUGUCAGUCCAUAGCCUGUCAGAGCCAUCUGACCUCCAGCCCGUGAAUCGCCCCAGAGCCCGGGCCUACAACAUUCAGAGACGGAGGCAGCAGGACCUGCGGAUCAUGGACUACAAUGAAACGCAUUAGAAGACAUGAGGAGAGCUUGAAAGGUUGGGUUAGCAGGACUCUGCUUUCAACACUAGACAGGGUGAGGAAGAGAUGUUUUGAACUCUGCAGCACUCUUUAUUUUUAAUGAAAGAGUGGACUGCAUUGUUUUAGCUCAUUUUUAAAAGCUCUAUUGUAUUACAAAAAUGGCCAAAAAAAAGGAACAUGUGUAUAUUCUGAGGGCAUAAAGCUACUGUCAGUAUGUUUUAGGAAUGGAUUUUGUUUUGGACUGUAGUUUACUGUAGUCUCUGUCUGCACUUUUCUCUUAGAGUAACCCUCUUCCAUUAGAGCCUGUAUGUAAACUGAAGUAGGUAAUGUUAUGUCUUAGUUCCUGGAACAUACUGAUUGUGGCUUUAACCAAUCCAUUCACUCUUAAACAGUCUUGUAACCAUCACAGGAUGAAAUCUGAACACUUUGAUGUUUUAGUGUUUUUCUUUUCAGGUAAUUGCCUAACCAGGGGUUUGUUGCGGGAAUGGAUUAUUUUAUAGGCAUUUCAGCUACAUGCUCAUUUGAAAGCAACCUGCAGUGGUGGUUUUGUUGUGUUUGGAUUGCGUUUGGCCCUCAAUGUAUUUCCCAGCAAACCUGUCGCAUCAAUUAUUGUGUUUGCUUUUGUAACUGCCCAAUUGGAUUAUGGGCCCUUUCAGAUUUGGCCAAACCAAAAGGGUUUCUGUGAGUCAUGGUUAGAUGAAGUACAUGGAAAUAUCAUUCAUUACAAAAAAGCUUUUCUGACUCAUGAUUCGCUGCAGAAGGAGCAGUGCAGUAGCCCAUUUUCUUCCCCUACAAAUUGAGCACUGUAAAUAGUUUGUGCAUCACCAAAUCAAGCCCAAACAGUCUGAUAAAACUGAAAUAAAAACAAACAAAACAGGUAAGUAGUGCAGAAACAGAAAUCAUACAUUGCAUUGCAAAAGCUAGCCAGAUGUGUAUAAUGUCGUGGCUUUGCUUUAUGUGCUUUGCCCAUAGAGGAAAAGAUGAAGCGAGCGUUAAAAGAUAGAUUUUAUUUUUGUGAAUUCAAUUUAAUACUGGGAUUGCAUACCCCAGUCACCAGUGCAAUACUUCUCUUAGCAUUACACUUCAUGCCAGCUCAAAAGCAUGAAAGAUGAAGCCACAUAGGUGUUUUCGCUGCUUGGCAAGACACAUCAAAGUCUUGCUCCAUAUGAGCUAUGCUGCUGUUCAUUUCAUCUUGCAAAGAUGUAGUGCCUCACAUUUGGCCCCUCCAGGAUCUUCAGUGAAAGAUGUCUGGGCUAUAUGAUUUUACAAUUAUCACAGUUGCAUAAUGAGAAACCUUCGCUGCUUGGAAUGUAUGUGAAAUGUGAAUGUUCUACGGUAACAAUGUACAGACAACAGCUACGGCAGAUACACUAAAACUCAAUAGAAGAACUUGCAAUGGAAAACUAAGCUCACAUGUGAAUGGACUAAUGUCAGGAGUUUUUUUUUUUUUUUUUUUUUCCCCUCCCAUAUUCCGUUCAUUCUUUCUAUUACACAUUGCAAAUCCUUGGGAAAGAAUAUCUUUUUAAUCAUCAAAGUAAAAGCAUUUAGCCAAAAUAAGGCUAUUUAUGAUCUCUUGCAGUUCAGAUCUAUGGGUUGAAUUGCCCAAGAAAAAAGAUCCAGUGCAUAAUAUCAGUUAAAAUGUGAAAACAGGUAGAAAAGAAAAUGUGAAAUACUGCUUGAAGUAGCACAGCUUUAACCUGUAACUCAGAGAUAUGCCUCAGAUUUGCAUUGGUAAGGGUGUCUUGGAAGCUCUUGUAAAGUGUUCAAGCUUGUUCUUGGACUUGAAAGGAUUUUAAGUGGUGCAUCACUAGGAUAAUUUUGUUCAGGAAACCAACCCUGAGUGCUCCCUGUGGAUGAAAAAUAUCUGCCAAGACUUACUAUUGCACCUGCUCACAAUUACAGAUCUUGCAGCUUAUAUUUCAUUUUAAUGAAAUGUAUCCAUAAAUAUUGUUACUGCUUGUUUUGCGAGCAAAAGCCCUCCCAGACAUUUGUGUGAUUUAUAUAGUUCACAAAAUGCCUUAAUAAGAAUAGGACAUCUCUCCUUGCCCCAGAGGCCAAAUUCCAAUGCUUUUUACAACUAUGGUACAAUUUGACAACAUCUGGAGUGGAGUCAGAUGUCCUCAGGGACUCUGUUCAAAAAGUAUUGAUUCUGAAUAGACACACAGAAAAAAGGUAUUCUACUUGUUAAGCUAUGAUCAAGAAAAAUAAAAAAUAUAUGUUUUGCA